GUUAGAUAUUUAUUUAAUGACCUUCUUUGGCAAUCCUGCCCCAACUCUCUUUUCCGCUCAGCCACAAGCAACUCAGAAAGAAACAGAAGUUCAGUCGCCCCCUGCUGAUACAGUAUCAUGCCUACGGUUUAGUCCAGAAAGUGUGGCACAUUCAACAUAUCUUGCUGCUACAAGCUGGGAUAAUAGAAUUAGGAUAUGGGAAAUCAUGGCCAAUGGGACCACAGUCCCGAAAGCGGAACAGAUGCAUCAAGCUCCCGCAUUCGGUGCGUGCUGGAGCCAGGAUGGAAGCAAAGUAUUUAGUGUCGGCGCUGAUAAGUCUGUUCAAAUGUGGGACUUGAACUCGAACCAAUUUACUCAAAUUGGAGCGCAUGAGUCACCAGCAAAAACCGUACACUUUAUUUCUGCUCCUAGUUAUUCUUGCUUGAUGACUGGA